AUGGUUCAAAACAAAGGUCUCAUCUUCAAGCAAGUUCCUCAAGGAUUUCCUAUUGCAGGAAAGGACUUGGUAGUCGAGGCACGCGAAUUUGACCUCGAGCAAGCACCACCAGCUGGAGGUGUCACAACCAAGAACUUAUAUGCCUCUUUCGAUCCUUAUCAACGUGGACGCAUGAGGGCUGCGGAAGUCAAGUCUUACUCUCCAGCAUUUCCACUGGGACAACCUAUCAACAACAACACCGUUGCCAAAGUUAUCAAGUCCGACAACCCUAAAUUUCAACCAGGAGACCUUAUCGUUGGUUUCAUCUGGACUGAAGAGUACUCUGCUCUUCCAAAGCAGCUUGCAGAUGGAGCAACAAAAAUUGAGAACCCACAUAACCUUGACGUAAAGCAUUUCCUUGGAGCAUUGGGCAUGCCCGGAUUGACCGCCUACUCCUCUUUCUAUGAAAUUGGCAAGCCAGUUAAAGGCGAAACCAUCUUCAUCUCUUCCGCUUCGGGAGCUGUUGGACAACUUGUUGGACAACUUGCCAAGCACGAAGGUCUCAAGGUUAUCGGAUCCGUUGGAUCUGACGACAAAUUAGAUUACAUCAUCAAGGAUUUGAAAUUCGAUGGAGGCUUCAACUACAAGACCGAGAAAGCAGCAGAUGCUCUCAAGCGCCUCGCACCAGAUGGAAUCGAUAUCUACUAUGAGAAUGUCGGAGGAGAACAAUUAGAAGCGGCUAUCAGUGCCAUGAAAGAUUUUGGCAGAAUCGUCGCUUGUGGUAUGAUUAGCGAGUACAACAAAACUGAAGCCGAGAGAUAUCCUAUCAAGAAUUUGAUGAACAUCGUGGCAAAGAGACUCACUUUCAAAGGUUUUAUUGUUGGUGAUGCUAACAUGGGCCCAUUACAUGCUAAGGCCAGAGAUGAGAAUGUUUCCAAGUGGUUGGCGGAUGGAAGCUUCAAGGCUACUUUGUCUGUUACUGAAGGUAUCGACAAUAGUCCAGAGGGAUUAAUUGGUAUGCUUCAAGGAAAGAACUUUGGAAAGGCGGUUCUUAAGAUUGCUGAUGCCGAGUAA